AUGUCCUCUGUCAAACAAUGUCCCCAGUGUGGACCCCACGGCGAGCUGGUCACAGAUCAGAGUGCCGGUAACGUUGUGUGUAUGUCAUGUGGGCAGAUCAUUGAAGAGGGUAUCCUCGUGUCUGAGGUUGGCUUUGCUGAGGGUUCUGGUGGACGUAUCUCUGUACAGGGAACGUUUGUGUCUAAUUACGCGACUGGUGUUGCUGGUACUCGAGGAGGCCGGGGUGGGCAGCAAAAUACAGAAAACAUCAAAGCCAACGGCUCCGCAAAGAUCGAUGAAGUCGCUCGCAAGAUGUACCUCGGAUCGGGUAUCAGCAUAGGCGCCAAGCGGUUCUUCUCUCUCGCCGUGGACAACAAGUUCAACCGCGGACGAAAGACGAGUUACAUCGUCGCCAGCUGUCUCUACCUGCAAUGCCGUCUGAAACGCGACGCUCGUAUGCUCAUCGAUUUCAGUGAACACCUCGCUAUCAAUGUAUUCGAACUAGGCGCCACAUAUCUUAAACUCCGCUCGACCCUCAACUUUACCGAUCCCAUGCCCGAAGUCGACCCUGCCAUCUACAACCUCCGUUUCGCGCACCGCCUCAACUUUGGCCCUCUCGUCAACACUGUCGCGGCGGAUGCCAGCCGGCUCGUCAGGCGAUUCAGAGCAGACUGGAUGACUCAGGGUAGAAGACCAGCUGGUGUUUGCGGUGCUUGCAUCAUCAUUGCGGGCCGUAUGAGCAACUUUCUGCGUACGCCGGAUGAAGUCGCCCAAGUCGUCAAGGUACAUCCCAACACCAUCAAGAAGAGGUUGUUGGAAUUUGCGGAAACCGACAUGGCGAAGAAGACUGUGGGCGAAUGGCGGGCGUUGAGUGACGCGCAGUUGGACGCGGUGUCGACAGAAGAAAAACCCCCUGUCGUCAAGCAACAAGCGAGGAAGAGGGAGAAGGAGCUGAAGAAACAUCUGAUGAUGGGUAUCGUCUAUGAUGAAGACGAGGAGACGGAGAACGGGGAUGAAAAUGAUGAAGACGGCCCGAAUAAGCGCGCAAAGCUGGAAAAGGGCAAGGGCCGAGAAGUGGACGAGGCGGAUGCUCUUCAAGCCUCUGCAGCGUUCGAGACCACCAGCUCGGUCGACGACGAAGACGACCAGCUCGACCCCCUCGCUCCUUCCGACUAUGUGUCCCAGCUCGAGUCUGCGCGAGACGACCCUGCUUCUGCGCGCGAGGAACGGCGACGGGCAAGCAAGGCAUUGAUGAAGGAGGUCAGGGGGGUUGAUGACGGGGUGGAAGAGGACGAGGAAGGGAUGGAUGAGCUGGAGGCUUUGGCGGAGGAUGUGGAGAAAGAGGAUGAAGAAGGAGAGGACGAAGACGAGGGUGAACCUUCGACGCAGCUCAACACCGUCUCCCAAGGAAAUCCCAAGAACACGGAGUUUACCGACUGGGACGACGAGAUUGCUGUCCUCAACUUUUUCGAGCGAAAGUAUUUUGCCGGCGAAAAGGACCUCUACCAAAACAAGAUGCACGACCGCAUCAAAAUGUGGUUUGGCGCGCGCGACCCGAAAGAGAUUCACCAAGAGAUGGAAGCUGUCAAGCGGGCGCGAUGGUUACGCGAGAAGGGGUCCAAGGUCGUGGAAGAGGAUAGGGAGCUUGCCGAUUUGGAUGAUGAAGAGUUGGAAGGUUGGUUCGAGCUGGAUGAGGAUACAAAGCAGGCGAGGGCGAGGAUGUGGUUGAGUUCCAACGGCAAAUGGUUGGAGGAGGAGAAGGAGAAGCAAGAGAGAAAGGCUGCAAUCAAUAAAGCCAAGGGCAUCGAUCCAUCCAAGCCUCGUCAAAAACGCAAACGCGCCGCUCCUCAUAAAGGUCCACACAAAAACUACCAAGAGGCCAUCGCCAGCGUUGUCGCCCAGAAGCCCAUGUCUCGCCGUCUCAAUUACGAUAUCUGUCGUACUUUGAACGUGAAGCCGGGGACUCUCUUCAGAGAUAGGCAGUCGACGGCGGGAUUGCAGACGAUGGAUGAUGACAAGGAGGAGGAAUAUUACGAUGAGGAAGAGGAAGAGAGGGGAGAUGAUGAUAAGGAGGAAACAUAUGAGGACUACCGAUUUUAG